AUGCAGAUUACCAACACCCUCAUGACCCUGGCCCUUCUGGCUAUGGGCAUCAACGCCGCACCUCUGAACAUCAACAUGGGCGCAUACUCCCCUGCCUUGGUGGUUGGUGAUGGUGCGCUCACGUUCGGAGGCGAGGAAGCGGCACCGGCCGCAGGCGCUGAGGGAGGUGCUCAACGCCAACUUGCUAGACGUCAAGACGCUGGCGACAAGAAGGUUGAGAAGAGACAGAGUGGGUUUGAUCGUGCCCUGACGUUCGCCGAGGCCGCUCUCACGAAGGGUCCCGACAUCGAGCUCGGAACCGGAGAGGGCGGUGCCGGCGUUGGUAUCAAGAUCGACAACAACCCUAAGCCCGCUGCCGGCGGUGCGGCAGGUGGUGCGGCAGGAAGGGAAUAG